GAAGACGCGCGCACGCUCGGCGCUCCCGGGAGGCGGAGGGUCCGACGGUGCGCCGCCGUGGGCCAGCGUGUCCCCGCGAGGCGGGCUGCGGCCUCUCCCCCGUGCUCGCCCCGGCCCCACCGCAGAGCCUGCGCUGUGCGUGUGGGCGUCUACCUGGGCCGCGCACCGCGGCCGCCGUCCAGAUAAGGACGUGCUAAGGCUGGCACGGGCCGCGGGGACCGCCACUCGCGUCCCUCUGCUGCCACCGCAUGCGGACCGAGGCUCCCCGGGGAUUCGGCGGGCGCGGUGCCCUCAGAACCUUUUGUGCGGCCGAGCCGGUGGCGCUUUGGUUUUGAAGAUGACACACCACCCAGUUGCUUUUCCUCUGGCGGCAGACUAGCGGGUGGCAGAGUAUGACACAAGUUUGAUGUUUGUGUCUGCUUCCCCAAGGUCGAGAAAUUAUCUCCUUAGAAGGCAACAGUACUAUGCAUGUUAUGAAUUGUGUCUCCUUGGUCGGUGAUAAAGAAAAUGGGACUCUUGCCCCGGCAGCUGGAUUCAUGAUCGGGCAAACACCACCACCACCCCCUCCACCUCCACCCCCUCCGCCUCCACCAUGUCCAUUCUUGGGGGAAGGGUUUCCUCCCUCUCCUCCUCCUCCCCCUCCCCCUCCACUGCCUGGGGGGCCUCCGGUCCCCCCUCCCCCCCCAGGACUACCCCCCACUAAUCACCUGAAUGGCUUCAGCCACCUUGGUAAGAAAAAACGGAUGAGAAGCUUUUUUUGGAAAACCAUCCCAGAGGAACAAGUUCGUGGCAAAACCAACAUCUGGACCCUGGCAGCCAGGCAGCAGCAUCACUACCAAAUCGAUACAAAGACCAUCGAGGAGUUAUUUGGGCAGCAAGAAGAUACCACCAAGUCUCCCCUUUCUAAGAGAGGGGGGACUUCAAAUGCAUCCUUCAGGGAGGCGAGAGAAGAGAUUACCAUCUUGGAUGCAAAACGGAACAUGAACAUUGGGAUAUUUCUUAAGCAGUUUAAGAAGUCUCCUCCGUCCAUUGUAGAAGAUAUUCAUCAAGGAAAGAGUGAGCAUUAUGGAUCAGAGACAUUGCGGGAGUUUCUGAAGCUUUUGCCAGAGUCAGAGGAGAUCAAGAAACUAAAAGCAUUUAGUGGCGACGUCGCCAAGCUGUCCCUGGCAGACUCCUUUCUGCACUGCUUAAUUCAGGUGCCAAACUAUUCACUUCGAAUUGAAGCCAUGGUGCUAAAGAAAGAAUUUUUACCUUCCUGUUCCACUCUAUACACAGAUAUAACUAUUCUUAGAACUGCUAUACAAGAGCUGCUGUCAUGUGAAGAGCUACAUUCGAUCUUACACUUGGUGCUGCAGGCAGGAAACAUCAUGAAUGCAGGAGGGUACGCUGGCAAUGCGGUAGGAUUUAAACUGUCUUCUUUGCUCAAAUUGGCAGACACAAAAGCAAACAAACCCGGGAUGAAUCUCCUGCACUUUGUCGCGCAGGAAGCCCAAAAGAAAGAUGCUGUUCUUCUAAACUUUUCUAAAAAAUUGUAUCACGUUCAGGAGGCUGCUAGAUUAUCUCUGGAUAACACCGAGGCGGAGCUGCACUCGCUCUUUGUCAGGACGCGAUCUCUCAAGGACAACAUCCAGCCAGACGGGGAGCUUUGUCAGCAGAUGGAAGAAUUCCUCCAGUUCGCCCUGGAAAAGCUGACAGAGCUGCAGCGCUGGAAGCAGGAGCUCCAGGACGAGGCCCACACCCUCAUCGACUUUUUCUGUGAAGACAAGGAGACCAUGAAACUGGACGAGUGCCUUCAGAUUUUCAGAGACUUCUGUGUCAAAUUCAACAAAGCAGUUAAGGACAACCAGGAACGCCAGGUGCAGGAGCUGAGGCAGCUGCAGCGUCGGAAGGAGCUGGAGCAGAAGCGGCGUAGCUGGGCAGCUGGGGAUCUUGGGUUUGGCCGGAGCAGCAGUGAGAAUGAUGUGGAGCUGCUGACCAAGAGGGGCGCCGAGGACCUGCCCCCUUUCCUGCACCCGAGGCCCAUCAGCCCCUCUUACCGACCCCCCAACACACGCCGCUCCCGCCUCUCCCUGGGCAUCUCUGCUGACAGGGAGCUGCUGACUUUCUUGGAGAACUCCACUGGCAGCCCCGAGGAGCUCAAGUUCAACAGCUUGCUCGGGAGCUGCCCCUGGCAGGCCCCGUCCCCAGCAGCCUGGAUGGAGCCUGGAGAACUGAGGGACCAGGACUCCAGCCAAGCACACAGACCUCUGGCCUCGGAGGGUGAGGAGGUAGCCCGCGACCCACCUUCGGCUUGGCAGAACCAGAUCCUGCCCUCCCGGCCUGAGGCAGCUGCCUUCGCCUUACCACGAGUUCGACACAGCGUCCUCCGAAAGAGGAACAGUGAGCCGGUGGGCCUGGGUCCGAAGCGGUCCCCUCCACUCUCGCCAUUGGCUCUAGGGAUUAAGGAGCAUGAGCUGGUGACGGGGCUGGCCCAGUUCGACCUCCAGGCUCCCAAGGGCCCGGAGGAGACGCCUCGGCUGACAGUGAAUGACUUGAGCCCAAUGGAGCUGGCACCUCUAAGGUUUGGAAGCCCGCAGUCUCUGGGUGACGGCAAUGGCAGCCUGAUGCCCGUGGACAGAGGUGCCCAGGAGGGUCCCAGUCCAGCCCUGGAGGUUGGCGGGGCUGCCUCUGAUGAGCCCAGCAGUGCGGCUCAGGUGUCUGUGGGCAGCAGCGAUCCUGAGAACAAAGAUCCUGUGCCUCUGCUCUACAUCUCGGACACCACCGACUGCUCCCUGACCCUGGACUGCUCCGAGGGCACUGACUCCAGGCCGGAAGUGGGGGACCCGGGGGAGGGGGCCGACGGGGAGGGUUCUGUGUCCUCUGGGGCUGGGGAGGCGGGCGGCAGCCAGGUCUCCUCUAACCCCACUUGCAGCCCGCCCGGGGUGGCCCCGGCUCCCUGCUCCCUCUCUGGGAAGAGCGAGCCCGGCUGCAAGGGGGGCCUUGCCAGGGACAGGCCCGCCAGAGGGAAGGAUGUGAUGGCACCGAAGAGGAACUCGCUCAAAGGGGCGUCGGCGUCCCCGUCCUCAGGAGCCUCCAAGGCCGGGGCUGCCCCGCGGGGUGCCGGGGCGAUCAAGCCGGUGCGGGUGCUGACGGCCUCGGAGAACGAGAGCAUGCGCAAGGUCGUGCCCAUCUCGCGGGCCAGCCGCGCCCCCAGCUCUGGGAAGCAAGCCCCUCGCGAGACCCCCGGCGGCCUGGACGCACCUGCGCCCUUGUCGCGGCGCAGCGCCUCCAGGGGCACCUCGGACGCUUCGCCUGGGAGGCCCUCUACGGGGGCCCGGCCUGGGAGGGAGCCCUCCUUGCUGCACAGGAGCUCCCUCAGGAAGCCCAGCGCCAAGCCUCUCCGCAGCGUCCUCCGGCCGAAGCCCGAGGAGGACAAGAUCUGCCGCUCGAGCUCGCAGGUCCCCGAGAGCCCCGAAGAAGGGCCCCGGUCCCCGCCUGCCCCCAGGGUGCCCCGCAGCCCGGCCAGGGUCCCCAGCUUCGCCCGGAACACUGUCGCCUCCUCGUCUAGGUGCCUGAGGACUGGUUCCCCCACUGUGGCCAGAGCCCCUGGCCUCACCCGGACGAUGUCGCAGCGGCAGCUGAGGGUGAAGAGUGGCCCUGAGGAUGCCACCCCCAAGGACAGUAGCACCUUGCGGCGGGCCGGCAGCGCCCGCGGCCCCCGGAAGGGUCCAGAGUCAGACGAGGGCCCCGCGGCCAGCACCGAGGCCCGGCUGAAGGGCCGGGGGGCCGGGGAACGGGCCUCCCUCCGGCUCAAGGACGCCAACCGGGCAGCCCUGGGGAAAGUGCUCCAUCCUGCAAGGAAGUGAUGGGCAUCUGUCCUCCCCUCUUGCUUCCUGGGGUUCAGAUGACGAAGACUGAGUUCUGUGAAAGGCCAACACCGAAUGUCUGUUCCACAUGUCAUCCACUGGGACCACCUGCAAAUGCUGUGUCACCAAAGGUGCAGCCCUAGAGGCCAGGGCCCAACGCCCGUGGCACUGACUCCUGCUGCACCGACGUUCCCCAAGAUGAUGGACUGGCAUGUCUGCACCCGGCCCACAGGUGGACCCAGAGAGCCCCGUCCCCUAAACAGACCACAGAGACCCAUGAACGACUCAGACGAGGAAGAUGACAUGCCUAUGUAACGAGUGAAGAUUUUGGGCCAGUUUUUAUACAUCAAAGACAUUUUUUAUAUUAUAAAAUCAAAUGUUUUGUUUUAGUUGGUUCUUUUUGCGGCGUGAAAUGCCUCCCAGGGGAAAAAUGAUGAAGGUGUUUUUAUCUUCUUGUGUUCCCUGGCCUCAGGGUUCCACCUGCCCACACACCGUCCAUUGCUGGCAGCUGGACUUCUGCAAGCCCUUGGGUGUUCUGAGGUUGGCUCCAUCUUAUUGAAGUCUCUCUGCCUUGCUCGCCUCUCCCUGCUGACUUUGGUGAAGGUUUGCGUGUGAACAGGAGGGAGAAUGAGACUGGUGGACAGAAAUGGGGUGCUCCCGUGUUUUAGAGAGGCUCCCUGGGCAGUGGGACAGGCCUCCUCUGCAGAUGAGUGGCAGCCCCUGGGAGAAUGCUGGAGCUUCCAGAAUUUAGAGGUGCCAUGUUUUGAUGGAAGAUCAUCAGACUGUUCAGCUGAGCACAUCUUUCCGGUUCUGUGUUUUCUCACUUGAGUGUCUGUUGUGAAACUGAGUGAAGGCUGCUAUGACUUGUGUUCACUCUAGUUAAGGGAAUAACAAGCCCUUCAAUCUCCCAGUCUUUCUCCUUUACUAAUGUGACCUGGAGCCUGGAGACAGUCUCUCUCUCUUUCUCAAUAAUACUGUUUAAUGUUGAUGCCUGUUCUUUGGUACAGUGGUUUUAAAUCCUGAGAAAACCAGAUCAAGUUUUCAAAAACAGACAGAGAAGAAAAGAAAAAGAAGUUGCUUUCAGAAGAUUUUAUAUUCUCAGGAAAAUUUUGAAAAGCAGUUAGGCUUCAUUCAAAAGAAAGGGGAAAACGUGCCAUUUCUACCCAGUGCUGAUUUCACUAUUUCCCUCUGACUAAUUGGGAAGUGGGGGAAUUCUUGGCACUUUUUUGUUAUUAAAAAAUUUCUCCUCCCCCACUUUUCUUUUUCCACUUUUGGUCACUUAUCAGUGAAACUUUGUUUCAGAUCUGAUAGUGAUAGAUGGAUUUCGGCAAAUAUAAUGUAUUUGUGAUGAAUCCAUACGGUUGAUGUUACAGUCUCCCUCCUGUAGAGUGUUUGUUGCCUUCCAUCCCAAUUAAUUGGAAACUCUGAGCUUCCAUAAAUCUGCUCAAGUGAAAAGAUAAACUUUAUGGUUGAAGAAGUAAGGCACCUAACCACAAAACCUCUUGUAAAAAUAGCCCUGAGAGGUAUUUCCAGGGCUUCACAAAGCUGGUUAUGAGAAUCCUGAGCCAUUUUUCAUCAUCUCAAAAAGCCUAAAAUAUCGUGUAUUUAAUCAUACAGACAACAACAUUAAAAACAUAGGGCCUGCAAAAAAAAAAAAAGGUCAAAAUGUGUGGAUUUGUGGGUAGUGCCAGGGUUGAGACCCCUUGAUGGGACCCUAGAAACCAGGGUCCUAGUCCCUGUUCCAUCACUGAUGCUGUGUGGCUUUGGCAAGUCACUCCCUCUCCUUUAAUCCUGUUUCCUAGUCUGCAGAGGUGGGGGCAUGGCCCUGAUGAUGGCCUUCAAGAGUCCUGCUGACUCCAGGAAUCCAAGUCAUCAUAAACACCCGAGGACCCAUCUCUGCCUGGGAUCAGCUUCCAGAACUAACCUCCAGCAUCUCCACGGUAGAGGUCUCACACAAAGGCCUGCUUAGAAGAAAGCACCUUCAGAAUGAGUUGUUGCUUUGAAAUCUAAUAAGCUGAGGUUCCUGAGAAGUGGUGUUUUGCUUAGCCCUGUGGACAACUUGUAUGCAUCUGUGUGAGCAGGUGAUCAUUCUAUUACCUUUUAUUGGUAGUAAGCUUGGAAAAAUAAUUUAAGUGUAUAAUGCAGAAAUGUAAAUAAGUUUCUAUAUAAAUUUAAGAUGAACUGAAUGUAUUUAAAGGUCCAUUUAUAUGUUCUUUUAUGUAACGUGUAGUUUAAUAAAGUUCCUGUUUAUGGGA